GCACAUGCAGCGUUUUUGGCCGUGCCCUGUGAUCCUGUCUAGUGUGCAGGUGAAAUAUUGUAAUCCAGACAGUUUCACUCUUCCACCCAGGAGACUCUUCACCACCUUGGCACUUAACAUAUGUUUUUACAUGAAGAGGGGCGAGAAACCCGAGGGAUACAGACAAAUGCGACCCAACACGUUCCCUGCGAGCAACUACAGUGGCAAUAGUCAACAAAUGCUGCAGGAGAUCCGAGAGAGCUUGCGGAACCUCUCCCGGCCACCAGAUGCUCCCAAAACCGACGUGAGCGUCGGGAAGGGACCACCGGACGAUCCCAGACAACAAGGGCGCAGCAAUAACCCCAGGAACCCCCACCAUCACAGAGCACUGCAGGAGAUCCGCAGGUCACUCAUGCCAUUUGCUAAUGAAACUACCUCCAGUGGAAACAGCGCAGAUAUCAACAGACACAUGCUGCAAGAGCUGCAGGAUGCUGGCUUUGAUGAGGAGAUGGUGGUUCGUGCUCUGAAGCAGACGAACAGUCAUAGCGUGGAGGCAGCCAUAGAGUACAUCAGUAGGAUGAACUUCCAGGAGCCUGCGAGGGAGCAGAUAACAGCACGCCCUGUCAACACGGCCAUAAAACAAGCAGGUCCAUCCCAAAUCCCACAGACACUGUUGCGGCACCAAAGCUGGAAGGGUUCAAAGGAAUCUCUGGCCCCACAGCGGCACAGUGCUCUAAUGACUGAUAGCAUGAUUUACCGUCCCAGUAGCCCUGGACCUCAAAGCGACCUCUCACGGCCUGCUACCUUUCCUCAAAAUCUUGCUGCUGGAGCUAGCAGUCAACGAGUGAACCCUCCCCUCCCACGGCAGGUGCAUAGCAUCACUCCUCCUCCCUCCUCAUGGGACUCCAAUCCCGCAACCAAGCGGUAUUCUGGGAACUUGGAUUACCUGGUGCCUCGGAUCUCUCCUGUGCCUCAGGGGCCCCUUCCCGAUGGCUAUAUAAACCCUCCGUCACAGGCACAGCGAGGGAUCAGUCCAGUGCCAGUGGGUCGGCAACCCAUCAUCAUGCAAAACUCCGGGGGCAACAAGUUCACCUUCCCUCCAUCCUGGCCUCAGAAUGGCAACAUACAAAGUGAGUAUGUGGGCAUUAAUAGCAGUGGCUGGCAGCCACCACCACCUCCGUAUCCCAUGCACCAGACUAGCAGACAGAGUUCCACGGCCCAGCAGAUGCAAUCCAGCGCUCUUGCUGCACACUUAAACGGAGCCAACAAAAGUGCCCCAAGCAUGCUGGUGCCCAACCGCAAUAGCCACAACCUUGAUAUGUACAACCUUGGGGUACUAGCCCAGGUCAGACCUCCUGUGCAGCAGCCUCAGACUUCCCCCGGUCACAGCACCAAUCAGGACGUUCCUUCGUCAUGGCCCCACAGUGUGCCGGGACGCUCCAACUCCUUCACCAAUGCCCAGCCCAGUGGACGUCAGUGCCCAUCUGUGCCCAGCUCUCAUCCUUCCGGCACUACGGUCACCACCAUUACACAGGCCCCCAUUUUGCAGCCGGUAAAGAGUAUGCGUGUGCAGAAGCCAGAGCUGCACACCGCCGUGGCCCCUACGCUCCCACCUUGGAUGCAGCAGCCACCCCCUCCAGCCUCUGCUUAUCAAGAGCCAUCUGCUCCCACGGCUGCCCCCGAAGUCCCGAGCUACCAAGGCCCACCCCCUCCUUAUCCUAAACACCUGCUACAGCAGCCGCCUCCACCAGGGUACGACCCCAACCCAGGCCUAAAACCUAGCAACAAAGAAGAGGAUGGAGUCGACAGUGACAAUGACACUGACAGCACCUGCUCCAGCGAGCGUGCUGAGGGCUCUGAGGAAUGCGAGAAGAAACAAAUCACGACGUCUCCCGUGCCGGUGCGGCGUUGUAAACGUGACGAGGAGCGCAAGGGGGAAAGCAGAGUUCCCAUGUACUCCCCACAGGCUUUCAAGUUCUUUAUGGAGCAGCAUGUGGAGAACAUCCUGAAGAAUAACCAGCAGAGGAUCCGAAGGAAGAAGCAGUUGGAGAGCGAGAUGCAGCGGGUGGGACUUUCAAGUGAUGCACAGGAGCAGAUGCGCAUGAUGCUGUGCCAGAAAGAAUCCAACUACAUCCGCCUCAAGCGCGCCAAAAUGGACAAAUCCAUGUUUGAAAAGAUCAAGACUUUGGGAAUCGGGGCGUUUGGAGAAGUGUGUUUGGCUCGGAAAGUGGACACGGGAGCACUGUAUGCCAUGAAGACCCUCCGUAAAAAAGAUGUACUGUUGCGGAACCAGGUGGCCCAUGUGAAAGCUGAGCGGGAUAUUCUCGCUGAAGCUGAUAAUGAGUGGGUUGUAAGGUUGUACUACUCGUUUCAGGAUAAAGAUAACUUGUAUUUUGUCAUGGACUACAUCCCUGGUGGGGACAUGAUGAGUCUUUUGAUCAGAAUGGGCAUUUUCCAAGAGGACUUGGCUCAAUUUUACAUCGCCGAGCUCACCUGUGCUGUGGAAAGUGUCCACAAAAUGGGUUUUAUCCAUCGAGACAUCAAACCUGACAACAUCCUAAUUGAUCGUGAUGGACACAUUAAACUGACAGACUUUGGCCUGUGCACUGGCUUCCGAUGGACUCACGACUCCAAAUACUACCAAAGCGGUGAUCACGUGCGUCAGGACAGUAUGGACUUCAGUAAGGAAUGGGAGGAUAGUGCUAAUUGUCGCUGUGGAGACCGACUGAAGCCACUGGAGCGCAGAGCCGCUAGACAACAUCAGCGCUGCUUGGCACACUCAUUGGUGGGCACUCCCAAUUACAUCGCACCUGAGGUUCUGCUGCGCACAGGUUACACCCAGCUCUGUGAUUGGUGGAGUGUGGGUGUUAUCCUCUAUGAGAUGGUAGUCGGUCAGCCUCCUUUUCUGGCAACAACUCCUCUUGAGACCCAGAUGAAGGUGAUAAACUGGCAGACGACCCUACACAUUCCCCUGCAGGCCAAGCUGAGUCCGGAGGCCACCGACCUGAUCCUGAAGCUCUGCCGUGGCCCGGAAGACCGGCUUGGGAAAAAUGGAGCUGAUGAGAUUAAAGCCCAUCCCUUCUUCAAAAGCAUCGACUUCUCCACAGAUCUGCGGCAACAACACUAUGCGCCUUACAUUCCCAAAAUCACACACUGCACUGACACCUCCAACUUUGACCCCGUUGACCCCGACAAACUCUGGAGCGACGAUGCUGACAGCAACCACAACGACACGCUCAACCGCUGGUUCAAGAACGGCAAACACCCGGAGCACGCCUUCUACGAGUUCACCUUCCGCCGCUUCUUCGACGAUAACGGCCACCCGUACAGCUGUCCCAAGCCCAUCGAGUGCGAGGAUUAUGACGGGGAGGAGGAUGCGCGUUAA